AUGGUCAGGGUCGAAAAAUCUGCUUGGGAGAUUAUUAAAGUGGCCUUGGAUGUUCAAAUGAUCUGUUUCCUUAAUGAGCAUUGGGAGCAUAAAUUUCCACAUAAUUGUCCCAAACAAUAUAAAGAUAUCUCAGAUAUAAUACGGGGGAUGAACAUUUUAGGUCUGGUGGAGCUUAUAAUGGAACGAUUUCAAUUGUUGAAUUGUCAUGAUAAAAGGAAAACAUAUGAGGUUGAGCGAGUAGAAUUCAAAAAUUCUUCUUCUUUUAAUACUCUUUGUCUUCGAUUGUUGAGACUCUUCUGUACUGAUGCCUCCUGUUCUAGAGUUCUAGUAUUAGGUGAAGAAGAACGAGUAUAA